GCGUAAUAAUUGUCAGAUAAAUUUCUAUAAAUAAUCGUUUCACUGGCAUUAAACGGAAAAAAAUUCAAACUGAUAUAAUCUUUUGUAAAGUUAACGAUGCAAUUUUUUCGAUGAAUCGAUAUUUAAACGAAAUUCCCGUUUAUUUUUUUAUGCUUUGUAGAUUAAACGUAUGUGCUCGCAUAUGAAAUAGAGACUUUAUAGGCAAAUUGACAACGAUCGAAAGGAAUUUCGUUCGAUUAUUUAUAAUUUAUAGGAAACGAUUAUACGCGUACGUUCCGUUGUUCGGACCAAUGACCAGAUACGAGAUUCCGAAUUCCGAUCUCGGUCCGAAGUUCGCUCGUUUCGGUUUCCAUGCUAGCAGUGCACGUGGGAAUUCCUCGUGAUAACAGUACCAAGAGGAGAAGGAGACGCACAUCGAAUCGAUCGACUGUAAUAACAUUUUGAAUCAGAAUCACAUUUUGAAAUCAUGUCGUGGCUUUUUGGAUAUCGUAAUGCACAACCACAAGAUUUUUCACAAUUCGUAAACCCACCGCUAUCCGGCGGUAUGACUGGCGGUGGAGAUGGAGAUUCUCAUAAUCCACCACCUAGACCGUCUCAAAUGGAACCUUACCGAUUCGAUUCGAGUGCUCUGGAAAGAGCAGCAUCAGCUGCAAAGGAACUUGAAAGAUCCGCGCACGCGAAAGAAGCGUUAGAACUUUCAAAAUUGCAAGAAGCUACUAAGCAAGCGGAGAGACAGGCAGAAAUGAAAAAAUACGAAGCUAGCAUAGAGCAAAUGAAAGCGGAACAAAAACGUAUCGAAGGAGAGGAGAGAAGGAAAACCUUACAAGAAGAAACUAAACAACACCAAAUGAGAGCUCAGUAUCAAGAUCAACUCGCGAGGAAACGAUACGACGAUCAAUUGAUACAGCAGCAAAGAAUGAAUGACGAGAAUUUAAGACGGCAAGAAGAGUCCGUAGCUAAACAAGAAGCCAUGAGAAAAGCUACGAUAGAACACGAAAUGGAAUUGAGGCACAAAAAUGAAAUGAAAAAGUUAGAAGCAGAGGUGAAAGCCAAAGCGAAAAUAGAUCGAGAAAAUCAAGAUUUAAAUUUAGAGCAAAUUAGAGUGAAAGCGUCGGAAAAGAGAGUGACGGUAUUGGAAUCUAUAAAAACCGCUGGUUCGGUGUUAGGCACUGGUAUGACGGCUUUUUUGCAAGACUGGGACAAGAUCAUCGCUGCCACUGGUGGUUUAUCUCUGUUGGCUUUUGGCGUUUACACGGCGAAAGGUUCAACGGGAAUAGCUGCGCGGUAUAUUGAAUCACGAUUAGGAAAACCGUCUUUGGUUCGAGAAACGUCUAGAUUUACGGUUUUGGAUACGUUGCAGCAUCCUAUCCAAGCAGUAAAAAAACUUAAAAGUAGUCAGACCGAUGCCCUAUCCGGCGUUGUUUUAGCCCCAAAACUUGAAGAGAGAUUACGCGAUAUCGCGAUAGCUACAAAAAACACUAAACAAAAUCGUGGAAUGUAUAGAAAUAUAUUGAUGCACGGUCCGCCAGGAACUGGUAAGACUAUGUUUGCGAAGAAAUUAGCAGAACAUUCGGGUAUGGAUUAUGCUAUCGUGACUGGAGGUGAUUUAGCGCCUUUGGGUCGAGACGGUGUCACCGCUAUUCACAAAGUGUUCGACUGGGCAGCAACGUCUCGAAAGGGUCUUCUACUUUUCAUCGAUGAAGCUGACGCUUUCUUAAGGAAACGAUCGAGCGAACAUAUUUCAGAAGAUUUAAGAGCGAUGUUGAACGCUUUUCUUUACAGAACCGGUGAACAGAGUAACAAAUUCAUGUUGGUUCUUGCUUCGAAUACUCCGGAACAAUUUGAUUGGGCCGUAAACGACAGAUUAGACGAGAUGGUGGAGUUUCGUCUGCCAGGCCGAGAAGAGCGUGAACGUUUAGUUCGUCUUUACUUCGAUAAAUUUGUGCUUCAACCGGCGAUCGAAGGCAAUAAAAGAUUAAAAGUUGCACAAUUCGAUUACGGCAUGCUUUGCAGUAAAAUCGCUGCAAUGACCGAGGGAAUGUCCGGAAGAGAGUUGGCGAAAUUAGCUGUUACCUGGCAAGCAGCGGCUUAUGCUUCCGAAGACGGAGUACUAACGGAGCAGAUGAUUCUGGAUAAAUGCACAGAGGCGAUCAAACAACACAGACAGAAGGUUCAAUGGCAAAGCGAGCAAGAAAAACAAGAAUCAAAAUCAAUUUAUGCAACUGAAAAAGAAAUGGACGUUCAACCUAUAAAACCGAAAACUGUGAUCGAAUCGACGCCAGAAGCAAGUUCCAGUGUAGCGACGGCUUAAUUAUUAAGCGUCGCUGCAGAAAAAUUAGCGAAUAAUAUUUUACUAAAGAAACUAGUAUUAAGUAAUUAUAAAAAAACGGUGUAAAUGAUUUUAAAUGAAAACGAGUUUAACGUGAACGUGACUCUCGUUCUCUAUAUAAUGCGCGCGUGUAUAAAUAUUGUAGAGCAGUGAUACGUUUGUUAGUAAUGUAAAUUUAUAGCUCGAUUCAAAUUUAUAUAUAUACAUACAUACAUAUAUUGACACACCAGACACAUAGUACACGCACAUGCAUCAAUUGUAAGAACGAAACCAAAAUCUAAUUGAACAAAAUUGUAACUCGAUAGUAAUGCAUAUAUGAUAGUUAAUGCGUGUAAAAAAAUAUGAGUUACCUUAUCCUUCAAUUUUUAAAUCAUUACACGAACCAUUAUCGUAACUAUUAUCAUAACCAUUAAUCGUAAAAGUGUAAAUGUUUAAAUAAUUUCAGAAGAAACCUAUUUAAAAGACAUUGUGUAUUCUUUCAUGACGUUUAAUAAACAUAUAAUAUUUGUUUUCAUCGGCGUUUAUUGUCUAGUCAAAAGCAACGUAAAAAGGUUAAAAAUAAGCGAACACUUAUAAUUAACAGCAUCGAGGUUUUUAUUUUAUAAUUACAAUUUUCGUAUUUAAAUCGUUUAAAUCUUGCGUUCUUUACAGGCAAAAUUUACUAUUAGAAUAUCAAGAAUCUAUUCUGCUCUUAAAUACGAUGUUUGGUGAAAAAGAUAGCUGUAAGAUAUAAAUUAGUCAAAAUUGUAAGACGAAGUAUUUAAUAAGAAUACAGUGUAUAUCGCUUCAAGUAAUGUACAUAAAAGAUUCACACAGCCCCACCAGGUAGAUAAACGGUACAUUCAUCGAGUAUUUAACUAAAAAAGCAUUAAAAAUAAAAUUGCUUUUAAAGUAUUUAAGCGAACGUGAUUCGAUUCAACCAUAGUAUCUGCGUACCGUAGUCUUUACGUUUAAAAUAGUGAUACACACAAUUAAGUACAUAGUCUAGAGCCGCUGAUGUACAUUUGACGGCAUCGUAGAAUAACGUCGGUAGAUACGUGUAAUCGUUGAUUGCGCAAAAAUUGUUUGCGCAUAUAUACAAAUUUUUGAUACAUCGG